AUGACUUAUAACUUCUGGCAUGAGGAUUCGGAUCUAUACAGGGCAUUGCGUCCAGAAUGGCCAAUAUUGGUCGAUAAUGACCUGUCGUCCUCUCAGCCUCAACAUAACUUCCUGCCUUCGGUUCCAGAAGAUCCUCCGCCCGUGGUUACUCAGCAUCACCAGCCACCCCCCAUUGAGGGUCAUCCUCACCCUGUCCAUGACAACCCGCAUACAUCUAGCCGCUCGUUUGUCUGCAAGUGGAAUGAUGGUCACGGUCCAUGCGACACGACCACCGCAAGUGUAGAAGAGCUCGUGAACCAUGUGUCGUCAUCCCAUCUUCCACCACCUGGUCCCAUCACUUUGAAAUGCAAAUGGCAGGGGUGUAGACUCCGAAAGCUCAUUUGCCGAAAUACAAUCCUUCGGCACAUCCGUCAAAUUGAUCUCGGAAUCAAUCCUCGACGACAGUAG